AUGUUCUCAAGUGGAAGAAGCCCUGAGUUCCGGAAAGUGUAUGUGCGUGGAAGGUGUGUAACCUUCUCCCCUGCUGGGAUCAACCAAGCUCUUGGGAGGAGUGCUGUGGAAUUUGUAGAGGAAGAGCUGUCUUUGGACACCAUAGCCAAGGAACUUACUGCUGGGCAAGUGAGGAAAUGGCCUGCCAAGAAGCUUCUUUCUACUGGAUCUCUGAGUGUGAAGUAUGUCAUCCUUAACAGGAUUGGAGUGGUGAAUUGGAUUCCCUCUCACUCUAAUUCUUCUAUCUCUGCUAUUCUGGCCAAACUAAUCUACAGGAUUGGGACUGAGAUCCCCUUUGACUUUGGUUCUUUGGUGUUUGCUCAAACCUUGAAGCAUGCAGAGACUUGUGCUGUUAAGCUGCCCUUUUCAUUCCCCUCUCUCAUAACUGCCAUCAUCCUAAAGCAGCAUCCUGAUAUUAUCAGAAUGGAUGAUGUGGCUGUGUCCAAGGGUGCCCCAAUCACCUUGAAUCAUCGUUUGUUCUUGGACCCUCAUGUCCUGGACAUUGAUAUGCCAUCCCGCAGGAUAUCAAUUCCUGUUUCAGUGUCUGCCUCUAGGACUACGAGUAUUAUUGCUGAGUUGGAGGACCUCUCAAAGGAGCUGCAGGAGUCUAUCGAGAUUACUUCUAAGAGGAAGCUGAAGGUGGAUGCACUACUUCUCAAGCUUAAAGAGGAAGCAGGUCAAGAGGGUGAGCCUAUAGGCGUUGCUUCAGAGGAGGAAGGAUCUGAAGAAACUGUAGAGGAUGACUCUUCUUCUGAAGUUUAA